UGAAAAUGGAUCAAUUGCUUAAACACUAUCUUUCCAUCUGCGAUUUUGGAUAGGUUUGUUUUACGCUCAAGUUUACGCUCGUAUAAUAGUCAGUGCGUUUUCGGUGGGUUGAUGUGUCAGUCAGCGUCUCUGACGGGAGAAGUGGCGCAUCUCACACAGCAGCAGUGAGGACUGUCUGGAUAUGAACGAUUUGGCCUCUUUCCUGCAAGACAGAUCUACCUCCUGUUUUCCCGCGGAUUAAUGCAAUCGCGGUCGGUUGCAUACAGGACAACGAUGGGGAUAUGUAUGGAUAACACAGUAUUAUGAUCAACGGAGACGCUCCUCCCGAAGGCGUAUAUUUGUUUUGUAGCCUUUGCCGAAAUGAAGGGGGUGGAGAGUCCCCACAGAAACAUUGGACUCUGGCCAAACACUACAGUCCUUAAUUGAAGUUAAAUCGUGGGUUUGCGUUGCGUCUAAAAUAACUAAAUUGAGUUGAGCGAAUUUCGCUGGAGAAAUGCAUCUUGCUUGAAGACACCCCAGAUAUCGUUUGUCUGCUGCUGCCAUGAUAGGCAGCGGUCUCCUCUCGACCAUGGCUUCGCCGGUUGGAGAAGAAGCAGAUUGAUUGGGACGUGGUCGCAGCAGAGAAACUGCUUAUGUCGACUGUUAUUAUUAGUGAUUAGGUCUAGCAAAAUAAUAAAAUACAAGAACAAAUAUACAUUAAUUCAAGAAAAAGUCAGGUAAAAUGUCUUCUCGUUCUGCGUUACCGUCUGGGAACGACAGGGGCACGGACCAUCAUGUGUCCCUGGCUGCCAGCCGUUCAGACAAGGGAACCAGCCUAUCAAGCCGCUCGCUGGGUGCCCGCUGUAGAAACUCCAUUGCCUCAUGCUCAGAUGAGACACCACACAUUGGCAACUACCGCCUGCUCAAGACCAUUGGCAAGGGCAACUUUGCCAAGGUCAAGCUGGCCCGCCAUAUCCUGACUGGCAAAGAGGUUGCAAUUAAAAUUAUUGACAAAACUCAGUUGAAUCCAACCAGCCUACAAAAGCUCUUUCGAGAAGUUCGGAUUAUGAAAGGUUUAAAUCACCCAAACAUAGUGCAGCUGUUCGAGGUGAUUGAGACGGAUAAGACCCUUUACCUAAUCAUGGAGUAUGCCAGUGGAGGUGAAGUUUUUGACUACCUCGUGUCUCAUGGGAGAAUGAAGGAGAUUGAAGCCAGAGCCAAAUUUCGACAGAUCGUGUCUGCUGUCCACUACUGCCACAUGAAGAACAUUGUCCACCGAGACUUGAAGGCCGAGAACCUCCUGCUGGACGCCGACGCCAACAUCAAGAUUGCCGACUUUGGCUUCAGCAACGAGUUCACGCUGGGCAACAAGCUGGACACGUUCUGUGGCUCCCCGCCCUACGCCGCCCCGGAGCUGUUCCAGGGGAAGAAGUACGACGGGCCCGAGGUGGACGUCUGGAGCCUGGGGGUCAUCCUCUACACACUGGUGUCAGGUUCCCUGCCCUUCGACGGCCAAAACCUCAAGGAGCUACGUGAACGUGUCCUUAGGGGAAAGUACCGCGUGCCCUUCUACAUGUCCACAGACUGCGAAGGGAUCCUACGCCGGUUCCUGGUGCUCAACCCUACCAAGCGAUGCACUCUAGAUCAAGUCAUGAAGGACAAGUGGAUAAAUGCAGGGUAUGAUGAGGAUUCCCUGAAGCCCCAUAUAGAGCCUGUUGAGGACUACAGUGAUGCCAGUCGCAUAGAGGUGAUGGUGGGGAUGGGCUUCACUCCUGAGGAGAUAAAGGAUGCUUUGCUCAACCAGAAGUACAACGAGGUCACUGCAACCUACCUACUGCUGGGUCUCAAGAAUGAGGACGGCAGCGAGUCUCGUUCAGCCAGCACCCUGUCCCUGGCACGUGUCCGGCCCAAUCCCAUCACCAACGGGACCAACAAACACUCCUCGGCCACAGCAGGCCCCUCUUCCUCCUCUUCCUCGCACAGCAAGGCCCAGCGCAGUGCCUCCACCUAUCACAGGCAGCGACGGCACAGCGACUUCUGUGGCCCCUCCAUGCCGGUCAUGCACCCCAAGAGGAGCCCCACCAGCACGGGCGACCGGGAGCUGAGGGAGGGACGCAUGCCCCCGCGUAAGGCUAGCUGCAGCGUAAUGGGCAGCCGCUCCCUGCCCCCCUCCAGUCCAAUGGUUAGCAGCGCCAAUAACCCCAACAAGUCAGAGAUCCCCGACCGCCGUAAAGAGAUGACGGCCACCACGGUGAGGAACAGUGAGGUAGGAGAGAACAACAUCCCUGGAAGUGCCAUGACCCGCCGGAACACUUAUGUCUGCACGGACCGCUCCACGACGGACAGACACUCCUUGCUGCAGAAUGGGAAGGAGAAUAGUUCCCUUUCCCACCGCCUCCCCCCCACCUCCCCCUCCACACUGAGCAUCUCUGGGGCCGGGGCCUCCUCCUCCUCUGGCGAGCGUUGCCGUCUGACCCGGGGCUCCACUAUCCGGAGCACCUUCCAUGGAGGCCAGUUGAGGGACCGGGCCCCGCCCAUCUACUCUGCUCCGCCCACCUCCCCUACUCUUUCCCACCAUGAUGCCAGUCCCCUGCCGCAUGCCCGCAGCCGCGCCACCUCCAACCUCUUCACCAAGCUCACCUCUAAACUCACACGCAGGGUCACAAAUGAACCUGAGGGAAUCUGCCGAUCUGCGGUCACAAGGUCAGUAUAUGUCACAAGUUGCCAUCUACCUGGGCAUCAAAAAGCGUCCGAGCCCCGGGCCGCCGGACGUGGCUGGGAUCUGAGGGGACCAGGGGGGCGGCGGGACCCGGCGGAGGUGGUGCUGGCUUUGCGGGAGGCGGCACGGGGCUGCGGCUGCCAGGUCCACCACACCGGCCCGUUCCUGCUCUCCUGCACCCACGGGGUGGCCGGGGGUCGGGUUGCCUUCCAGGCUGAGGUGUGCCAUCUCUCCACGGUGGGGGGCGGCACCAGCAACGAGACUUCCAACGGGGUGCGCUACACGCGACUCUGGGGGGCACCACUUGCUUUCCGGGAAAUCGCCACGCAAAUCUCGAAAGACCUCGAACUCUGAACAUAAUGGGGGUUUGAGAAGGUGGAAUAGAGAAAGACAAAGCGUUAGAACACGGGGCUGGACCCAAGCUAAAAAUACAUUUCCUCCUGUCUCCUACAUGCCUAUAGAUCUAAAACCCUCAACAACAGUCUCAAUCUAACCCCCCCCACCCUAGUCCACACGCCAAACAGACUCAAGCAGCCCUCUCCAAAUGUUCCCUGUGGCACCCUCACCUCUACUACUGAAUAACUUCAACAAGUGGGUCCAGUGUAGAGAGGAAUCCAGUGUCAUAUUUUUUAUAGUUAUCUCUAGCUGUAAUGACUAUUACUUUUAUGAUUGGUAUCAUUGUCAGUUUUAACCAUAACCACCUUCCAACCCUACGGAGAACAUUCUCCAAAACAUGUAUUGUGUCCUGGUCUUUGAGGAGCCACUCAGUGUUUGCUCAUUCUUCUCCCAUUUGAACAUUGAAGUGAUUUAGCCAACGGCUUGUUGUCGACUGUGGACAAUAUGCACAACUAUGGAGACGGUUAACUCAGUGAUUUGGGGGGCCAGAAACAUUGCUCUGUUUUUCUUUGUGUGCACAGUUUGGGUGGGAUUGGAUUAUUGGCAAUGAAAGAAGAAUUGACAGAGGAUUUUGACCAGCCAAUGGGAAACUUCACAUCCAUUUUCCACUGACAUCAUCAACUGAAUAAGGUAGAAGGAGGGCAAGUUUCCUCUGACACACUUUCUCAGUUAGUCUUACUACUUACUACACAUUACAUAUGAACUUGGCGGAUAUACAGUAGGUUUCUGUUUUUUUGUAUUGUACAACUCACCAUAUUAAGCUGUUAAUAAUGUCAGGUAGUAUACAAAUCAUUUUAGAAAUCAUUUUAGAUAUGAACUGAAUCUGUGUAGAUUAAAAUUGUGGUUCAUAGCCUACUAUAUUUUUUCACCUUCAUACGUCUUUAGCUACCUGUAGCGUUAGUUUUCUGCAUACUCCCUAGAAAAGUCAUUCCAUUGGCAAAUUCCUGUUCAAGAAAACUCUUUUAGCCCUGUGAUUGGCUGGGAUCAGUGUCUGUCGUGGCAACCGUACAUUUCUAACUCUCACAGUCAGAUCUCUUACUUUUAACUUUCUUCUACAGAGUUGCAUUCAAGCCAUGAAUCAAUUAGACAUUUAACCAGUCGUUUGCAUAAAACAACCAAACAGCCCUGCUAUACUACGGCCAUCCGGCAUGGUGUAUUGCCAUUAAGCCGUGAAGGGAAUGCCUGCUUUGAAAUCAAGAAAAGCUGCUAUACUGCCGGCGAUGCAUUGCAUUCAAUGGCAGCAUCCCAGUAGAAAUGCAUAGGAUAGUUCCUCUAUGUGAAUCUAUGGCAGAUGAUGCAGAUUUGACACAUGUAGUGUUAAUGAUAUGUACAGUAUUAGUCAGAGGUUUGGGUAAGUGUGUCCAAAAUGUGGACUGUUACUGUAUAAACCCUAGAUGACAGAGGGUGCUGUAUUGAAUCCAUCACGCCGCCAUCUGGUACUCCACUGUUAAACACAUUUUGGAGGUUUUAGAAAUGCAUACAAUUAUGUGUUUGCAGCAUUUAUUCUGUUUACAACAUCUUAGAGCAUAACCUAUAUUUAUAUGUGAGCUACACAAAAUUAUUUACAAUUUUAAAUAAAAUAGAACACAACACUUACAUCUUCCUUAAAAUAUACUUUUUGAGAUAAGGCUACUGUUCCCACUACAAUCAAAAAUACGUAUGCAUGUAAUUUUGUCUUUGAAACAUUCAAUUUAAAUUCUAUUUAUUCCUACAGAGGACUGCGCUUGGUAGGAGUGCCAAGAUGGCUGGAAGCUUCACGAUGGCCAUUAAUUAGCAUCAGCAAUCCAGGGUUUAUACAUCAUUGUUUGUAACUCAGGUAGCUUUCCCCUGCUCAGACGUUGCGUGCAUCAACUGAAUGUUGCGUGCCAAGUCAACCAUUGAUUAAUAUAACAUGUUACGUGGGAAGCUGAUACGUAAAAUACCUUUCAUGGGGUACUAAGAUGCAUUGGCAAUGCCCAAUUGCUGGACAUUGGAUGGCUGGGAAAGGAAUUAUUGUUGGGAUGUUUGGAAAGUUGUUCACUGCAGAACUUUGCACCCUUAAAUGCCACAUGACUUUGCCAAAAUGCAAAGCUUUCAGACAUCAUAAUGAGCCAAAUUAGAAACAGACCUGGGUUGCAUUUAAGCAUCACAUUUUAAAUUAAUAAUAUAUAUUUUCUGUUUACUUAUCAAGAAUCCACUUCCCUCAGUCAGAUGAGCUGUGGGUGCCAUUUUUAUUGAGUGGAAAUAAUAAAUCUUUAAGGAGUAUGUUUUAGACGAUGUUUACCCACUCAAACUACACAAUUAAUAUUAACACAAUAUACAUAUUUAAAUAUUGUACAUAUUUACAGUAUUUAAACCAGGUCUGUCUUGAAUGAGUAAUAUAUUUCAGUACAAUGCGAUGCAAUGUUAUUUUGUUUUGGUUCUAUUCCAUGAAAAGCUGGUUCCUUUGAGGGAAAGUGUGAGUUUCACUCACUCAUAUAUUCAGUGGAGAGGCCGGAGCUUGCAUUUCAAAUGGGUGAAAACUCCAAGAGGAAUUUUGACCAGGGUUUGUGCUUGUCUUUACCCGUAACCCUAACAUUAACUAUAACCAUUUUAAAUGUAAACUUAAAUUCAGUGACUUCAGAGUUAGGAGGUAAGCUUCGCCCUCUCCACUGAGUCAACGAAUCACAAAUUAAUUUCUGCCUCCGGGGCAGAUCUACAACUAAGACAAGUAAAACUACCAGCUCCCCUCUGCGGUAACUGCUACCAUCCAAAACCAGUCCCAGUGUAACACUCACUGGUGCCUGUCCUCUCACGCCCUACAGUAUUUCAGUGUUUGGAUCCAGCUGGGUUUGUCUACUGCUGAUGGCCGAAGGGAUGCUUUAGGAUGUGUGCAUGUACACACACAGAGGACUUGUUUAACGAGAGAGAGUCAGGAAGUGUGACUGGGAUGCUGUGUGUUCUGUGUUGUACCCCUUAGGCCUACUGUACCUACAGUACUUGUUCAGUGUGGAAAAAAGGGUAGAGGAGCAAUCUAUAUUUCCUCCCCAUCCCCCGAGUUAGAAUGAAUGACGUCUCCUGACGUUCAUACAGGCGGUGGCUACAGAGACCAAGAUGUCUGCCUGAUGAAUGAAGGCUGAAAUACACUGUAUUAUUUUUGCCGGCUCUACAGGCUCUGUUCAUCAGUCCACCUCUCCCAUUUAGCCACUCAGUCAUGCUGAAUCGUAGUGAAAUAGUAAUCCUGUUGUAACGUUCACCUGGCGACACAUAAGCGGCCAUACAAUUGGACAAUCAAGCCAGAAUCUGGCUGUUUUUGAAACAGGUUUGCACGUGCUCAGUAAGGAAAUCCUCUGGCAGCCUAGGAAGACACUGCGUUCCUGUUGUGUGCAUUGGUCCUAAAACCGUCCAGACUGGAGUGUAGUGCUGCCUGCGCAAAGCCGGUGCUCAUUUAAUAACGUUUAAACUGAAGCUGAAUCAAUAUGUCUGACAAAAUGACUUAGUCUAAGGAUUUAUUUGUAUGCUGUUCCACAUAGGACAUUGAAUACAAUAGCAUGGCAUAACUUAGGGCUUACCUGUCAAAAACACCAUACAUGCCUCAUUAGGCUAACGUGACAUUUGAGGAUCGGUGCGAGUGAUCAGAUUGUGUGCUCAUGCAGCUUGACCUCAACCGUGCAGCCUCAAGGCUAAUUACGCUACACUAGCCAAUGGCUGAAACGAAAUGCAGGUGUAGGCCGACUUAACUCUUUCUGCUCUGACACCUGCUUGAACAGUAGCAGGCUGCUUACAUCAGUAAGGAAAAAUAAGAUCGACUUACAAAUUCCCAUGAAAGGAUUCGGGGAUUAUCAGCCAGGUGGUUGGCAUGCAAAGGCAGGACUGACUUUUUCUUAGUAAAAUGUUAAGGUUUAUAUGUGAUUAAUGACACCAACAGUGAACGAGUGAUUAUGGCUUGAUUUGUAAUAACUUAGGCUUAAUGAGGCCUUUAAUAAAAUCUAAUGUUCUUAGGCAGCCAUUACAUUUAGAUGAUGCAUUAUAGACUUGGGCAUGUUGGUAGCCUACCAACAUUUAUUGAGAAAAAUAUUGCUUAGUAAAAUAGCAAAAGCACUCUGGUAGCCUACCCAAAGAAAUAGCAUGACAGAAGCAAAUUCGGGCACUCCAAUCAGAUUAUUGAUUUUACAGAAAUGACCUUGAGGUAAGAACAGGUUGCCCUACAGACCGGCUAGCUUGUAUGCGAGCGUGAAUGUGCAUGUGUGUGUCUGUGAGAUGAACUUGAGGUGUGGGUUAAGAGAACCGUCAUUGUUCUGACUGAUUGGCUGACGGUAGGACAUGCCUCAUCUGAUCAGGGCACUGCUCACACUUGGCGGUAUUGGCCAAUUUGAGGCUGAAAAUAUUCUGCAUGUUUGAAAUGUAUUGGGACGCCUUAAGUGCCAUAAGUAGUGUGCCGUAUGUAGUGUCCGGGAGCCUGUGAGAGCCAUCAGUUACACUGUACACGCUGCGGCAUUAGGUUCUUCUCCAUGUUUGCUGGGAUACUUCGUUUUACAACAGUGAGUCGGAGAUCGGGAGCCUGUAGAACAGGCUAAACGUGUGUGGUGUCAGCUUGGCCGAACUGUUGACACUCUCGAUCUCGAUUGGGGCUUUUAGCUCGUGGUGAUUGAACCAGUCAGACCAACAUGAUCAUGUAAAAAAAAAGUGUAUUUUUUCUUUGCUUUCAUUUGAUUGUCACCCUCAAGUGUUUUCCAUUUACGCGUGUCCAUUGUUUCAUCCUGUUGUUGAGUUACGUGGGAAACACUUCAAACCGUGAUCCAGUUCACAGACGAGUUGUCGAAUCGUCCCUUUUGAACUUCCUCUGUGCCGUGUGGUCUGCUGCGUUGCCCCAUGGCAGGAUGCCCUGUAGAAGAAAACAACACCGGUCUACAAGCCCUUCAAUACACAGCCCCUGAAAAUGCAGAUAGACAGAGUCACGGACCAGAGGAGGGUCAGUCGUAUGUCCUAUAACAUUGUGGUGUAUAUUAGCAUUAGGUAAUAUAGAUCUCAAUGCACUUUGCUUUGACUUGAAUCAGCUCCUUUCAGUGGAAUCUCAGGCAAUGCCCGCAACAAGCCACUGAAGGGUGCCAAUGUCUUAAAUGUGAACACUUCAAUUUGUGGAUAUUUGCACAGGUACUUUAUUUAUUUUUUUGAAUAUCGUAAUAAAAACUGGAUUUAUAUCAGCCAGUUUAUGGCUGUAUAUAAAAUAUAUUAAUAUAGUAUAUAUCUUAGAGCUCAAGGUUUAUUUAUAGCUAGAGCAGGGGAAGUAAUUUAAACCAGUUUCUGUCAAUGACAAUGGGGUACAAUACCAACCUGCAAUCUUGCAUGGC